ACCUCUCGGCAGGUUAUCGAACCCCGAGAAAUCAUUAAGAAAUGCAACCUGAGUUUCUUGUACAGCUCGCGUUGCUUAGGCAGCGGGAAGGUCAUGAUCAGCGCCAUGGGAGACGCAUUUGGCAACAGAAGAGGUGGAUUUCUCCUUCUGGACCCGAAAACCUGGGAAGUGGAAGGGACCUGGGAGUGUCCAGAAGAUAGACCCGGCCAGGUGUGUGACUUCUGGUUCCAGCCGCGACACAACGUCCUGAUCAGCACCGAAGUGGGGGAGCCAAAGUUUAUUAUCAAUGGGUUCAGCACGGACAAUCUGAGAAAAGGGCGCUAUGGCCGUCACCUCAACAUCUGGGACUUGACCACCCACCGCCUCCUCCAGUCAAUUGACCUGGGUGAAGAUUUGGCCCCGAUGGAGAUCCGUUUCUUACACAACCCCAACUCGGUCCAUGGUUUUGUGGCCUGCCCUCUGGAGAGCUCCAUCUACCAUUUCUUCAAAACAGAGGAUGGAUGCUGGACGGCUGAGAAAGUGAUCCAAGUCCCGAACAAGAAAGUAUCAGGAUGGAUCUAUCCUGAAAUACCAGGGUUCACUAAGAAUAUUGUCAUUUCUAUGGAUGACCGGUUCCUGUAUGCAAGCAACUGGAUGCAUGGCGAUGUCCGCCAAUAUGAUAUCACCAACCCACACUGUCCCAAACUGGUUGGGCAGGUGUUUGUGGGGGGCAGCCUUCAGAAAGGGGGUCCUGUAACUGUCCUUGAGGAUCCGGAGCUGGACUGCCAACCCGAUCCCUUUGUGAUCCAGGGCAAGAAGGUCCAAGGAGGGCCUCAUACGCUGCAGCUGAGCUUAGAUGGCACUCGUCUCUUCGUCACAACCUCUUCUUUCACACCUUGGGACAAACAAUUUUACCCCAAGCUGAUUAGGGAAGGUUCGGUCAUGGUCCAGCUGAAUGUGGACACCGUGAAGGGUGGCCUUUCUGUGAACCGGGAAUUCCUGGUGGAUUUCGGGCAUGAACCGUUUGGUCCGGCUCGGGCAAAAGAGAUGCGCUACCCCGGCGGGGAUUGCACCUCCGAGAUCUGGGAGUAACUUUCCAAGUCAUCGAUAAAUCAGCGGGAUAAUCACUCAAAAAUGGAAUCUAUGCAAUACUUUUUUGUUCAUUGCUUGCUGUUGUGACUUCUUGUUAGAAAUAGCAACCUUUUUAAGCAUCCACUAGUUAUUGCUAUGUAUAUAAUUCAGAUUGCUUACUAUAUUGUAUUGGUUUGUACUUUUUCUUUAACUCUUUGUUGUGGGAGGGGCUGCAGACCAUGUGAUCAGGUCUGGGCUUGUUCAGGACUCAGACUCCAUUUUAGAAACAGUUUUUGCUUAGAGACUUCAGGAGGAACAGAUGUAUGCUUUCUCAGACUAUGCACACUCCAUUGGACUUUCAGACUAGGCAGCGACUCUAUUAGACUCCCAAACCAGAGAGAAGCUAUUGAUUCUAUGAAUGAUGCCCUGUUACCUGCACAGAGAAACUACCGUAUAUACUCUAGUAUAAGCCGACCCGAAUAUAAGCCAAGGCAUCUAAUUUUACCACAAAAACUGGGAAAAUGUAUUGACUCGAAUAUAAGCCAAGGGUGGGAAGUGCAGCAGCUACUGGUCAAUUUCAAAAUAAAAUUAGAUAUCAAUAAAAUUACAUCAAUUGAGGAACCAGUAGGUCAAAUAUUUUUGAAUAUUUACAUAACACUGUAAUGUAAGACUGUCCAGCUCUGAUGAAACCAUUAUUCUAGCCUCCUUCAAUGUAAAUGUGCUUACGUAUCCUUACAAGAAUAAUAAAGAGAGCAAAAUAAUAAAUUUAAUAACAAUAAUAGAGUAAAAUAAUAAAUGUAAUAAACAGAGUAAAGUAAUAAAUAUAAUAGAGUAAAUAAUAAAUGUAAUAAAAAUAAUAAUAGAGUAAUAACAUAAAUAUAAUAAAAAUAAUACUAAUAUCAGAGUAAAAUAAUUAAUAACCUUAGCUCAAGUAUAAGCCAAGGGGAGCUUUUUCAGUCUAAAAAAGGAGCUGAAAAACUACGCUUAUACUCGAGUAUAUACAGUACUUCAAAUGGAUUUGUAACUGGAUUGAUAUGCAAAGUACC